GCAGUGAAAGACGCGGACGGCGUCCUGUCCCGCUACAAGAAGAUCCUCACCACCUUCCAGCGCCUCAAGAGCAUGAGCCGCGCCUUCGAGCACCACCGCGUGGACCGCAACACCGUGGCGCUCACCACCCCCAUCGCCGAGCUGCUGCUGGUGGCCCCCGAGAAGUUGGCCGAGGUGGGCGAGUUCGACCCGGCCAAGGAGCGGCUCCUGGAGUACUCGCGCCGCUGCUUCCUCGCCCUCGACCCCGCCACCCUGCAGAAGGUGCAGGCGCUCAAGAAGAGCAAGCUGCUGCUGCCCAUCACCUACCGCUUCAAGCGGUGAGGGGGGGGGAGGG